UUCAUUGUCUUGGUGGCAUCAGAGAGACCGAACGAUAAGGAGGAAUAGAGUGUGGGCAUCGAUUAGAAGAAGAGCAUGUCAGUGAAGUGGAAGAGGGAGGAGAGGAUGAUGCAGAUAGAUCUGUCCCUGGAGGCAGCAGAAGAUGAGGAAAGAGCAGUAGAAGAGGGUGAAGAUGGUGGUCGUCUGGUGGAAGAAGAAGAAGAAGACAAGGAGGAAGAUAGCCAUCGGGAGGAGAACCAGAAGCCCGUAGAUAUGAUCAAACAUGAGCUGUGCAUGUUACAAUCUGAGUUGGAUCGCGUCAAGGAAGAGAACAAGAUGCUGCGAGCGGUGGUCGAUCGCAGCCGGAAGAGCUAUUACGAGCUACGGAUGAGAUUUAGAGACAUCCUGCAACAGGAACAGCUAAAAGUUUCUCUUUCGCUUGGAGCAGAGAGCUCUCAAGAUCCGAAGAUGGUGGUGGCCGAUCGGGGCAUUGACUCAGACGACGCUACGGAGUUGAGCCUGUCUUUGAGUCUGCAAACACAUGCAGAUCCACAUGAAAGAGUGGAUGCGAGGGCGGAGAAAGGUAAGGGUUCGAAAAGCUCGGCACCACUCCAAGAUGCGGCCAUGAUCACGAGUCACAGCAUCAAUCCAGCCACCAGAAGAACUAGGGUUUCAGUGAGAGCAAGAUGCGAAGGGCCUACCAUGACCGAUGGAUGCCAAUGGAGAAAGUAUGGGCAAAAGGUUGCCAAGGGGAAUCCAUGUCCGAGAGCCUACUAUCGGUGCACGGUCACACCAGGAUGCCCGGUCAGGAAGCAGGUGCAGCGAUGCCUGGAGGACAUGUCGAUACUGGUGACCACCUACGAAGGAACACACGACCAUCCCCUACCUGUUGCUGCAACUGCACUGGCUUCCACAGCAGCAGAAGCAGCAGCAAAUCAUAUGCCGAUGAACUUGGCAGAUUCCUCAUCUUCCAUUGUAGGCAGCAUUCCUAACCGUGUGCCAUCAGCUUCCUUCAGCUCUUACCUAGCGAACUCUUCUCCAAAUCUACCAACCAUGGACGGGUUGGCAACUUCUACCAGCUAUUCCUCCAGCAUCUUCGGUGGAGGCAUCAGCCAUGGCUACCCACACUGGAGCAACUUUGGAUCAAAAGAAUGGGGGAAGUACCAGUAGAAGUAGCAACAAGGUCUGGGUUUAAGAAUAGACAUGUCAUGACCAUGUCAGUGUCAUGCUACUUGAUUCAAGUUCUUUGCUUUGUCAUCAUGUUUGGCAUAGUCCAUGAAUAUUCUGUAAUUAGA